AUGUCUUUUCGUAGGGUGGUCGAGUUCCUCUAUGUUCCCACCUCCAAAGAAACGACAUCUUCAGUUUGGAUCAACGAUGAUAUUCGUCCCUUGCCUCCUCGCCGGAGGACAUGGAACGUAUACGCCUUCCUGUCCUUCUGGGCCAUCAACCAGAUUGCCCUGAGUAAUUGGCAGAGUGGCUCCUCACUCGUCGCUUUCGGCCUCAGCGUCUGGCAGACUGUUAUCGCCGUUAUCGUUGGAAAGAUCAUCAUCGCCGCAGUUGCGGUCUUCAACGGUUUCGUGGGCGCCGAGUGGCAUAUCGGCUUUCCCGUCUAUUCUCGCGUGGUCUGGGGUAUCUACGGCUCGUACCUGGCUCUCCUCCAGCGAAUCCUGCUCUCCGUCGUGUGGUUUGCAGUUCAAUCCUGGACCGGCGGCCUGUGCGUAACCGCCAUCCUCGCCUCGAUCUUCUCGGGUUUCCAUCGCAUGGAGAACACCUUCCCGGAAUCAGCACACAUGACCACCAAACAAUUCACCGGAUGGGUGGUCUACAAUGUGCUUACCAUUCCGAUCCUAUAUCUCCCACCGGAGAGGACAAAGCGUCUUUUUUACGUCAUGAACUCGAUCUCCUUUAUCACGCUCGUGGGAAUGACGAUCUGGGCCCUUACCGCCGCACAUGGAGCUGGCCCCCUCCUCACACAGCCUUCCACGACGAGUUCCUCCAGCGAGCUGGGCUGGUCGAUCGUGAACGGCAUCACCACCGUGGUCGGGGGCAUCGCCGUCGGGUUGACGAAUCAGCCGGACUAUUCCCGAUUUGCAACCAAACCCGGAGACCAAGUCUUUGGACAGUGGUUCUCCAUCAUUCUCCUUGGAUCCAUCAUGCCCACUCUCGGCUGUCUCGUUUCCUCCGCGACGCAGAAGAUAUACGGAGUUGCUCUGUGGAACCCCCCGGACGUGGCUCUCAUGUGGUUGGAAGCGGAUUACAACGCCAAAUCGCGCGCCGGAGCCUUCUUCGCAGGGACCGGCCUGGUUGUGUGUCAGCUCGCGAUCAACACGAUCGAUAACGCUUUCUCCGCCGGUAUGGACCUCAGUGGCUUACUGCCGAAGUUCAUCAACAUCCGACGUGGGGCGUAUAUCGGCCUUGUCAUCUCCAUUGCCCUCUGCCCUUGGGAACUUCUCUCCUCCGCUGGCACAUUCAUCAACGUCCUGUCGGCGUAUUCUGUCUUCCUCGGACCCAUGUGCGGCAUGAUGAUCAGUGAAUAUUGGGUGGUUCGAUCUCGCAAGAUCAAGCUGUCCGACCUAUAUCACCCUCGUCCUGAAGGCAUCUAUUAUUUCUGGCAUGGGAUCAAUCCUCGUGCCUUUGCUGCUUGGGUUGUUGGCUUUGCACCACAGCUUCCGGGUUUUGUUAAUGCCAUCAACCCAUCGAUCCCCGUGCCCCAAGCAUGCGUCAAGCUGUACAAUUUGGCAUACCCUCUCGGGUUUGCUAUCAGUUUUGUUGUUUAUGUCUUGAUCAGCAAGGUGUUUCCGCCGCCUGGGCUUGGCGAAAUCGACGAUGUUGACCAGUUCGGAACGUUUAGCCUCGAGGAGGCUGAAAGGAUGGGUGUGGUGCCGGCAGAGGACAGGGUUUUCGCCGAAUUCAAAGACGAGGAGAAGGCUGCCUCGAGUCAUAUUUCUUAG